GUGGUGGAUAACUACCAUCACUCAAAAGCUUUAGUAAAUUUUCAUUACUCGCCACUCUUAUCAAGUUUCAGAGACUGCUCCAAUGGCUAGCGCAAGCUUCCACCCCACUAAAAUCAGAACCCCAACGGUUCAAUCUCACAAACCCAUCUCUAACUUCACUUCCCUUUCAAAGCCCACCAAAAUCCCAUUUAAGUUUUCUCAAUUCUCCAUCAAAUCGCCACUAAACCAACCCAGAUCUCGCCAUUUUCGACCCAAUUCAGUCUCCGAAAGCUCGAUUUCCUUGCCGGUGGAAGCCGAACCUCUCGGUGAAGAAGAAGAUGACCCAACUGCAGAAUUGAGCUAUCUUGACCCGGAAAUCGAUCCGGAGGGCAUUUCGGAGUGGGAAUUAGACUUCUGCUCAAGACCCAUUCUUGAUAUUAGAGGGAAGAAGAUUUGGGAGCUUUUGGUUUGUGACAAUUCGUUGUCACUUCAAUACACCAAGUACUUCCCUAACAAUGUCAUCAAUAGUAUCACUUUGAAGGACGCAAUUAUUUCGAUUAGUGAAGAAUUGGGUGUGCCUCUUCCGGAUAAAAUUCGGUUCUUCAGGUCACAAAUGCAGACAAUUAUCGGCAAAGCAUGCAAAGAGGUUGGAAUAAAAGCUGUUCCGAGUAAACGGUGUGUCUCGCUACUUUUAUGGCUGGAAGAACGCUAUGAGACUGUAUAUACGCGUCAUCCUGGAUUUCAAAAAGGUUCUAAGCCGCUUCUGACACUGGAUAACCCAUUCCCAAUGGAACUUCCAGAGAAUUUGUUUGGAGAAAAAUGGGCUUUUGUUCAGUUACCGUUUUCAGCUAUUCAGGAGGAGGUCUCAUCCUUAGAGACAAGAAUGGUCUUUGGUGCAGGCCUUGAUUUGGAUCUUUUGGGGAUUGAAAUAGAUGAAAGAACAUUGAUUCCUGGACUGGCUGUCUCAACUUCACGUGCUAAACCAUUAGCAGCAUGGAUGAAUGGAUUAGAAGUCUGUUCAAUCGAAGCUGAUGUAGCUCGGGCUUCUUUGAUUUUAUCUGUUGGAAUUUCUACUCGAUACAUUUACGCCACUUACAAGAAAACACCUGUAACUACAAAUGAAGCUGAAGCGUGGGAAGAAGCAAAGAAGGCCUGUGGAGGCUUGCACUUCCUUGCCAUCCAAGAGGACUUGAAUUCAGAUGACUGCGUCGGAUUUUGGCUCCUAAUAGACUUGCCACCACCUCCUGUGUAAUUUAAGAACAAUAUAAUACUUGUUAUCUUUGAACUUCAUUUCUAAAUUGUAAUGUUUUUUAGCCUACUGUUUGCAGGAAUGAUUGUUAAUCCACCACCUUAGAAUGUGUCCAGAGACAGAAUGACUGUUCUUCA